AAUGAACACAGUGAUGGAGAAGAUGAUGGGCAAGUGGGAGAGCAUCAUAUGACAGACUCUGAAAAUGAAGAUAACCCAAGGCAAAAAGACAGUGACUCAGAUAAUGAGGAGCCUCCAAAUCACCACGUGAGUGAUUCGGACAACGAAGCAGCUCCUGGAGGGAAGGACAGUGACUCUGAUACCGAGGACCGUCCAAACCAGCAUUUAAGUGACUCUGAAAAUGAAGAGGCCUUAAAUCAUCGAGCGAGUGACUCUGACAAUGGAGAAGCUCCCAGGGACCCCAGCAGUGAUUUUGAGAACGAGGAGCUGCAGAAGCAGGCAGGCAGUGACUCUGAGAAUGAGGAGCUGCAGAAGCAGGCAGGCAGUGACUCUGAGAACGAGGAGCUGCAGAAGCAGCCGGCCAGCGACUCGGAGAGCGACUCCAGGCACAAACACAUAGAGUCUGAGGACAGUGACACGGAGGACAGGAAGGAGGAGGUGCAGAAUGAUUCUCAUCACUCGGAUAAUGAACAUGCAAGGGAAGGAUUUCAGGGCUCUGACAGCGAAGAUGAAGCUCCUAAAAGACGUAAAAUAUCAGACAGUGAUGAAGAUGAGAAGGAGGAGAAGACAGUGAAGAGGAAAACAGCCAUCCUGUCUGACAGUGAGGAUGACAGUGAGAAAACACCAGCAAAAAAGGUACGAAUCCUUUCUGAUGUGGAAGAGUCAGACAGUGAUGCUGCAUCAGAGAAACCUGACAAAAGGAAGAAAAGUGUUGUAUCGGAUAGCGAGGAGGAAGAAGAAGAGGAAAGCAAAGAGAAUGCUGGGAAGAAAAAAGAAGAGAAAGAUCUGUUUGGCAGUGACAGCGAAUCUGGAAACGAGCAAGAGAACCUGAUUGCAGAUAUAUUUGGAGAAUCUGGUGAUGAGGAAGAAGAGGAAUUUACGGGUUUUAACCAGGAGGAUUUGGAGGAAGAGAGAGGUGAUGGAGACAUGAAGGAGACAGCAGAUGAAUCAGACUCUGACGAUAACAUCAAGAGAGGGAAACACAUGGACUUCAUGUCAGAUUUUGACAUGAUGCUGCAGCGGAAGAAGAGCAUGAGUGGCAAGCGCCGGCGGAACCGUGAUGGUGGAACCUUCAUCAGCGACGCGGAUGACGUGGUCAGUGCUAUGAUUGUGAAGAUGAAUGAAGCUGCUGAGGAAGAUCGGCAGCUGAACACACAGAAGAAACCAGCACUAAAAAAAUUGACUUUGCUACCAACUGUAGUUAUGCAUCUUAAAAAGCAGGACCUCAAAGAAACUUUCAUCGACAGUGGUGUUAUGUCUGCCAUCAAAGAGUGGCUUUCUCCUCUGCCAGACCGCAGUCUGCCGGCACUGAAGAUACGGGAGGAGCUUCUCAAGAUCCUGCAGGAGCUGCCCAGUGUGAGCCAGGAGACCCUGAAGCACAGCGGCAUUGGUCGGGCUGUGAUGUACCUCUACAAACACCCCAAAGAGUCCAGGCCCAACAAGGACAUGGCAGGGAAGCUAAUCAAUGAAUGGUCUCGACCCAUCUUUGGCCUUACCUCAAACUACAAAGGCAUGACCAGAGAGGAGAGGGAACAGAGAGAUUUGGAACAGAUGCCUCAUCGAAGGAAAUUGAGCAGCUCUGGUGGUCAGACUCCUCGCAGGGACCUGGAGAAAGUCUUAACUGGAGAGGAGAAGGCCCUGCGGCCAGGGGACCCAGGGUUCUGUGCCCGUGCCAGGGUGCCCAUGCCCUCCAACAAGGACUAUGUGGUCAGGCCCAAGUGGAACGUGGAGAUGGAAUCCUCCAGGCCCGGGACUAUUAAGAGAGGUAUUAGUCGCUUGGAAAAGCACAAGAGACGGUUUGCUGAACAGAAACGACUCAGCAAAGUGCAUCGGGCCAUCAAGUUCAGCAUUGAAGGCAACAGGAUGCCCCUGUAGCCAUGCCACUGCCUUCCCAAGUUGGAGAGUUCCAGGGGUCCUCUAAGAAAGGGGUGAGUCGGCUGGACAAACAGAUGCGGAAAUUCACAGAUAUCAGGAAAAAAAGCAGAUCGGCCCAUGCAGUGAAAAUCAGCAUUGAGGGCAAUAAGAUGCCAUUGUGACCCUUCACAGAAUGCCCCAUGAGCUCUGCUGUAAGACAAUACACCCAUAGACUCUUCAGAGAUCUUUUCGUUUUUUUAACAACUCGUUUGGGGUUUGUUUUAUUUUUUUAGUGAAUCUUUUAAGUUGUUGGUUCAGGUUCUGGUAGAAGAUGUUGUC